AUGGAUUUAUUUAAUAAUUAUUACUUGUAUAACAGACAUGUCAGAGCCAUCAACUCAAUACUGUUGAUUGACAUGUCUAGAUCUUUACUGUCCUACACUAUUAUUACAAUAACAGAAAUGUAA